AUGCCCGAUAACUGUCGAAAGUCGUGUCGCUUGUGCGUCGAGUGUGAAAACAUCCACAACACUCUUGAGUGCGACAACUGGGCGCUCAGCAACGAGUGCUCGCUGAACCCUAAUUGGAUGAACCCCAACUGCCGGAAAUCCUGUAGUGCGCGGGAGAUGGCGGCGGUGGAGACCGAGCUCUAUUUCUUCCAAGCUGCAACAUCUCGCCUCAGCCACAACCAGCUAGACGACCGCCCUGCAUCAUGGAAUAGUUUCUGGAUAAUCCGCCGUGUAUCCCUGCCAGUAUACCAGACUGGUGACAUCAGUCGGCACACGGAUUGGUUACAGAACCCUCUAACGCCUACCUCUAUGGGGAACAACCAAGUACGCCCGGCUUUUUGA